AAAAAACAGCUUAGAAGUACCGACAGAAAAAAAUGUGUCAUAGCCAUGAAGUUGUCGGGUCACUUAACUUCCCUUUGGUGCUCUGAAGAGGCCGCACAUCUUAUAUCAUUACUAAAGUUGCCUGAAGUUAUCAGAUGCCAACCAGAAGAAGAUGAUUUUGCUGAAGCUUGGUGUGAAAGGAGUGCCCUUCCUUUCAGAACAUUGGCUAAGAUUGUAGCAGUGAAAACAUUAACACUGUAUCACGUGUCAGUGGCAAGUGAAAGUGUUGAAGAAUUCCUUUCCUUACUUUGUGAAGUAGUUGAUAAACGUGGCAAUAUAUCUGAAGACAUACGUCUUAGCAAUGCAGAGUCAUCUUGGCUACGACUGACAGCUGGCUGUGCGCUCUUGAAAAUGUCUACUAAUCCUGUUGUGUGGAAGAAAGUCUCAAUACUUCACAUGGCUACAGUCAGUUCUCUCAUACUUGAUGAAAAUGAGAAUGUCUGUGUGCAGUUUGUUAGAAAGUUAUGUCAUCAUCUGGCUAACGAGAACUUCCCUGUUGAUUUCUUUGCUUUCUUUUCUUUGGUUGGCAUGGAGAAACGACAACAUCUUAGAGAUAAAUUUGAAGAUUAUUUCCAUGACUGUGUGAAAGCAAAGUGGGCAGAGAUUGGCAAGAUUUGUGGGAAUUCUAUAGGGAACAUGGAGAACUGUCCAGGCACUGUCAACAAUAUUAUACCAGAAACCAGCAUUAAUGCUGUGAUUGCCUUACUGGCUUAUUAUCCAGAGUUAAAGGAUGUAAAUGAGAUGGUAAUAAAGAAAGAGAUUUGUGCUUGUCUUAAAUUCUUCUGGGGUCUGAUGCUUCUUCAUAAAUUCAGCACUGUACAUCCAUCAGUGAGCUCUUACAAGGAGUUUCUGGACAAAAUCAAGAGGAGUGUUAGCUCUAUUGACCCUGAUGAUGAACAAGCAACUGAGCGAUUGCGUGUGGUUGCCCUUCUGGCAGGUGCAACUCUACAAGGAGCAUGUCGACAAGUAAACAGGUCUGGAACAGAGAAAGUCAUCCUCACACCAAACACCAAAUAUUAUUUAAUAAGCUGAUCACAAUGUCAAGUGGA